AUGAACAUAUCAGCAAGAAAAACUGAAAAAAAGGAUGCUAACAAAUAUAGAACAUUCUAUAGAAACAACUCGAAACAAUCACAUCAAGACUUUUGCUGUAGCGAACAACAAGUCAAAGAAUUUUGUAAAGAAAUUGAGGAAAAUAUUGAGAAAUUAACAAAUAAAAUUAACAGAAAAAGUUCAACAUAA